UCCCUGUUCGUUCUUCUUCUUCAGAGCGUAAAAACCAAUUAUUCCUUCAUUACCGGAUUACUUCUAUCUCUCUCUCUCUUUUUUUUUUAAUCUUUUUUCCAAUUUUUACUUUAAAAAUCGCGUCUCGGUCGAGGAUGACGAAGGCGAUCUCGGAGUUGGACGACGAGGCCGUGCGCAGCAUGUCCGUCGGCGCCGUCUUCACCGACUACGUGGGAAAAAUAAGUUCUCUUGACUUUCAUCGUAAAGAAGAUCUAUUAAUCACCGCGAGCGAAGAUGACUCAAUACGCCUUUAUGAUAUUUCAAGUGCAACGUUGCUGAAGACCACGUAUCAUAAGAAGCACGGUGCUGAUCAUGUAUGCUUUACUCAUCAUCCGAGUUCCAUCUUGUGUUCUUCGAGAUACAACAUAGAUGCUACAAGCGAAUCAUUGCGCUAUCUUUCGAUGUAUGACAACCGAUGCCUACGAUACUUCAAGGGACAUAAAGAAAGAAUCGUUUCACUUUGCAUGUCUCCUAUCAAUGAUAGCUUCAUGUCAGGAUCACUUGACCAUAGUGUUAGAAUAUGGGAUCUUCGCGUAAAUGCUUGCCAGGGUAUUCUGCGAUUACGUGGUAGGCCAACUGUUGCCUACGACCAACAAGGACUUGUUUUUGCCGUUGCAAUGGAAGGCGGUGCCAUUAAGUUGUUCGAUUCCCGUUCAUAUGACAAGGGCCCAUUUGAUACCUUUUUGGUCGGUGGAGAUACAGCCGAAGUUUGUGAUAUAAAAUUUAGCAAUGACGGAAAAUCUAUGGUCCUGACAACAACGAACUACAAUAUAUAUGUUCUGGAUGCGUACGGAGGGGAGAAGCGCUGCGUCUUUAGCCUGGAAACGUGUCCGAACGUAACCACUGAGGCUGCAUUUACUCCUGACGGGCGGUAUGUAGUGUCAGGAUCUGGCGAUGGAACCUUGCAUGCGUGGAACAUCGGCACGAGAAAUGAGGUAGCUAGCUGGAACAGUUACAUCGGCCCCGUGACUUGCCUGAAAUGGGCGCCCCGUCGCGCCAUGUUCGCAACCGCAUCAACCGCCCUCGCUUUCUGGAUUCCUAACCAGGCCAACUCAAGCGAGGAGCGUGCGCCAGCUGAAACGGGAGUAUGAGAAUGGUAGGAGUUUCUUCUGCCGGUAAAUACAGUUAUGAUACUUAGAUCGUGUUUGGAUGCAUGCAUAUCUUAUUCCGUUUUUUUCACUGGUAUACGCAAGUAGUAUGUAUGUGGUAUUUGAUAGAUGAGAAGUAUGAUCAAAUAUUUAGCUGAAAGAUCUAUCUUUUAAUUAAGAUGAUUUUCUAGUUAGUUUCAUGUGA